AUGAGUUUCAGAGAGGAGGGAGAAAAUGAGAGGUCGGAUCUGAGGAAGCCAUUUCUGCACACUGGUAGUUGGUACCGAAUGGGCAUGGGCUCGAGACAAUCUAGUUUGAUGGGUUCGUCUCAAGCUAUUAGGGAUAGCUCAAUCUCAGUCCUAGCUUGUGUUUUGAUUGUGUCUUUGGGUCCAAUCCAGUUUGGCUUCACUGACACUUCAUUCCUUUACAUGGGAAGGUUGCUGGAAGGAUUUGGUGUGGGUAUAAUCUCUUACACGGUGCCUGUAUACAUAGCCGAGAUAGCGCCACAAAAUCUAAGGGGUGGACUAGGCUCAGUCAACCAGCUCUCUGUGACUAUCGGGAUCAUGCUAUCUUAUCUUCUGGGACUUUUUGUUGAUUGGAGAUUGCUGGCAGUUCUCGGAAUAUUACCUUGUUUGAUACUGAUACCUGGACUCUUCUUCAUCCCAGAAUCUCCCAGGUGGCUGGCAAAAAUGGGGAUGACUGAAGAUUUUGAAGCGUCUCUUCAAGUUCUUCGGGGUUUUGAGACUGAUAUUACCUUCGAAGUAAAUGAAAUUAAGACCAUUCUUCAGCAGUGGCCAAACUCACAUUUUAGGAGCCAAAACUUUUGUUUUACAGAGAUCUGUGGCCUCGACAAGCCGAAGAACGGCAAUCCGGUUCGCGGAUUUCAAAUCGAGAAGAUAUUGGCUACCACUAAUGUUAUUGUUGCAAUGAUUGGAAUUGGGCUACUUAUUUUGCAACAGCUAUCUGGAAUUAAUGGCGUUAUCUUUUAUUCCAACAAUAUAUUCGAAUCUGCUGGGAUCACAUCAAGCCAUGCUGCAACAGUAGGAGUUGGCACCAUUCAGGUCAUUGCUACUGCAGUAGCUACAUGGUUGGUAGACAAAACGGGGCGUAGGAUUUUAUUGAUCGUUUCUUCUUCGGGAAUGGCUGUCAGUCUCUUACUAGUUGCAGUGUCAUUCUUUGCAAAGGGUUUCGUGGCCGUGGAAUCUAAGCUAUUUGGCAUCUUGGGAAUCCUUUCUGUUGUAGGGGUUGUGUUGAUGAUCGUCUUUUUUUCGCUUGGAAUGGGGCCCAUCCCAUGGCUCAUAAUGUCUGAGAUACUCCCGAUUAAGAUAAAAGGGCUAGCUGGAAGUGUUGCGACUUUAUUCAACUGGUCCUGCUCGUGGGUUAUUACUAUGACUGCACCAUUGCUACUCACUUGGAGUAGUGGAGGAACUUUCGCUCUUUACUCUGUCAUGUGCAUAUUGACUGCGGCAUUUGUGACGAUAUGGCUUCCAGAGACGAAAGGAAGAACAUUAGAGGAAAUCCAAUCCUCCUUCAGAUGAGAGUAGUUCUAAAUUGUUUUAUUAGUCACUUCUUUUUAAAAUUCCUUAUGCACAUUUGUAUGUGUAAAUAUAACGUAAAACUUUCUGGGGAAUUUAAUGCAUUUAUUCAUUUAUUUAUUUUUGUUCGCAUUAGCUUAAUUAACUUGUUAAUUUGAUGUACAGGGUGGGUGCUGACAUUUUGGGGGAGAGAAAAUAGGC